CAGGUUCGGAAAAUUCAUAAUCAAGGUGUCGUCGCGCGAGAAGGGAUGCCUACAAAGGGGGAAAGGGGAAAAGCGACAGACUUCAGCAUCGCGGCCAUCAUGGCGCCCAGGGGUCCGUCCUUCGGGCAUUACCACCUGCAGGGCAUCGGCAACACCGCCGCUACCGCUAAUACCAACUUGGAAUGUCCAACUGGCAGAGGAUUCGUCGUCAACUCUGCUCUCGAUCAUCGGAUGAGGACGUCACCGGUGAAUAUAGUCGCGACCGCGACCGUCGUGACGGAGGAAGCCCUCCUGGCGGACGACGAGGUGGAAAACUGCGAGGGCGAGAGCGAAGGAACGGAGAAGUCCGUCAACGAAGAGGACGAGGAGGUCGACGUGGACGUCGAGGAGUGCAGCAGCGUCGACGACGGACCGAUUCACAACACGCCGGACGAUCUGAGCGUGUCCUCGACGAGAAAGUGCCAGGACGGUCACGGUGAUCACGAGCGGAAACAUCGGUUGCGGACCAGUUGCAACUCGGACGAGCUACGGGACGUUGAGUGUCAUCUCGAGACGAAGGAAUUGUGGGACAAGUUCAACGAUCUUGGCACCGAGAUGAUCAUCACGAAAACGGGCAGACGGAUGUUCCCAACCUGUCGUGUGUCAUUCAGCGGAUUGAAGUCCGAGGGCAGGUACGCGGUGUUGAUGGACAUUGUGCCGGUGGACAAUAAACGGUACCGGUACGCCUACCACAGAAGCUGUUGGCUGGUCGCCGGCAAAGCGGAUCCACCGGCGCCCGCUCGGCUCUACGUGCAUCCGGACUCGCCGUUCACCGGCGACCAGCUACGAAAGCAGGUGGUCUCGUUCGAGAAGGUUAAGCUGACCAACAACGACAUGGACAAGCACGGCCAGAUCGUCCUGAACUCGAUGCACAGAUACCAGCCGAGGAUACACCUGAUACGUUGCCGGCAAACCGACGACAACAAUCUUCACAUCACCGAUCUACAGAAAGAGGAGCACAAAACGUUUAUAUUCCCCGAGGCGAUUUUCACCGCGGUGACCGCCUAUCAGAAUCAGUUGAUAACGAAGCUGAAGAUCGACAGCAACCCGUUCGCCAAAGGUUUCCGGGACUCGUCCAGGCUCACGGAUUUCGAUCGAGAUCCGAUGGAGCUGAUGGAGCAGCAGUUGGUCAGAUGCGGCGUGGCUCCGGUCCGAUUGUACGAGCACCUAGCGAUGUCCUCGCCGGCCGCGGCGGCCGCAGCGGCAGCGGCCGCCGCUGCCGCGUUAGGCGCCCAGCAACAGCAUCCGCAGUCGCAGCAGCAACAGCAACAACAGCAACAGUCGCAGCACGAGAGCGCGCACGCGUUACCACCGUGGAUGACGCCAUCCACGGCCCUCUUGUACGGGACCGUGGGACAGGCCCAUCCGGGGACGAGGGCAGCGACAGGCGCGACGUCGCCGUAUCCGGCGGUGGCGGCCACCGCGCCAUUUCCUUACCCAGCGGCCCUUCCGUGGCCCUGGCAACCCCCACCCGUCGCCAUGAUCUCGCGACGAUCCUCCCCCCCUUCCGCGACCUCCCUCAGGUACACCCCGUACCCGCCACCGGCGAGCACGCCGCCACCGUCGCUCCGAACUCGUCCGAACACCCCCAAUUAG